AAAUCAGGCGUCGGAAUAUUCAAAUAACGUAAUUAUGUGAAAAGCUGUAAUGUUUAAUUGAGCGCAAAAAUUGCAAAGUUUGAUUGCGCAAGACCCCGCUCGAGAUUUAAAAGAGGUGGCACCAAGAACAAGAAUUUGAGUAUCAGACUGCCCGUCCUCACCUCCUGUCUCCAAGCCAAGUAAUGGGUUCCGCAACAAUGAAAAAGUCCAUUACGGACCACCGAAUCGCUUUGUUGUUAUUCGUCAGCGUUAUUUUCUUAUCAAUUGAAGUUACGUCUGGGGCUUUGGUCAAAAACCCCAAUUUGCUGAAAAAAAAUCAUUGCAGGACACACAUUUUUUCCCCCGUGUGUCGAGGUCAACAAAAACGAGACAUUUUAAGCCGAAUCAGUGACGAGUACAGGGUGCCAACACUGGAUUCCGAUUUUUCGGGGAUUGACCGACCACGUGAUUUCGCUUCGAUCUUCAAUCCCAGUCUUUUAGGGGAACUACUGAAAAAAACAAUAGAAUCGUCCCCUGAAUAUGAUCCCGACAAUAGCAAUUAUCUAAAGUGAGGGAAAACAAUCAAAGACAGGCACUGACAGUAUUACCCAGUAUUCCUAUUUAUUUAUUUAUUGGAAAAAAUAAAGUAUAAAAACUA